AGUGUUACCCUCGGGGGCUCGACCAUGAAAUCCCCCCCUCCAGCCUCCCUAUGGACCCGAGGAACUUUUAAGGCAGGGGCUGCUGCUUCCCCUUGAUCUUCCUGCUUCCUUCCCUUCCCCCCGCCCCAUAGUCUAACCCGGGUUCAUUAAUAAUCAGUAUUAAUGUUACUAGCCGGCCUCUGCGCCGGGCAUGUGAAGCCCCCCGGCUGCAUCAUGCGAGCAACGUGCACUUUGCUGCUGCGCCAACUUAGCCUCCUGCUGCUGCUGCUGCUGCUGCAGCCCUCUGCGGGAUCGGGCCCCUUCGCCUCCUCCAGCGACCCCCCUGCUCGGACCCAGCUCAGCGGAGCCACCACGCCGGCCGCGGGGCCGCAGGGUUCUUCCAGCCGGGACGUCUCUGCUGCAGCUGCUGCCGCGGCGGCGGCGGCUUCCCGGCUGCCUCCCUGGGAGAGGGAGAGCUCCGUGCCCUGGGCGCCGCCAGUGUCCGGCAGCACCUCGGAGCCGGCCGCGGCAGGACACACCAGCAGCCCGGUCAUUGGAAGUGGCUAUCAGACACCUAGAAGUUCAGAUAUCGAAAUGAGGACUUCCAGGUCUCCUACAGACAAUAUGGAGACACUCACUACAUUCUCCAGAAGUGGAGAGAGGACGUUGCUGUCUAUAACAAACAGUGCCAUGUCUACAACUGCAACAGAAAGCACCACCUCUUAUACAGAAAUGAUCAGUUCUGCAAAUUUAACCCAGCACUCCUCUUCUGUAGAGCAGAACAGAAGAAAUAGCUCCUCAAGUGACAUGUAUUUCACUGAGCCUGGAACGGAGACUUUGAUUGUACAUUCUUCUGAGAUACCCACCUAUUCAUCUUCACAAAGUGAUCCUCCAGCCAUUGGAAGCAGCCAGGAGACAGCUAGCAUCUGGGAUAUGGAAAAAAAGACUCCUAGUUUUCAUACUGAUAGUAUGUACAUUUCACCUACAUUCAGAAGAGGUGGGGAGAGGACAAUAGAGUUGCUAACAAACAGCAUUGCUUCGACUGAUUCACUGAAAAGCACCACUUCUCAUACAGAAAUUCCCAUAUCUUCAGAUCUAUCCCACUCCUCAGCUUCUAUAUCAUGGACUAGAGGAAGUAAUAGAUCAUCAACUAUCGCUGCUCUCCCUGAGUCUUCAGCAGGGCCUUUACUUACAUAUUCCCCUGUAAAGAGUGGUCUCCCAGCCAUUGGAAGUAGCCAUCAGCCAAUUAGCGGCUCAGAGAAAAAUAUUGCCAGUUCUCACAUUGCCAGUACGUACAUUUCAACUACAUCCACCAGAGCUGGAGCAGGGAUAUUACAAGAUCUAAUAAACAGCAGCAGAUCUUCUAAUGCAACAGGAAACUCUACUUCUGGUACUGAAAUGUCCAGCUCUUCGUAUUUAACCCAGUCGUCAUCUAUAUCGUCUAUACCACUGACCAGUAGAAUUCAUAUCUCAUUGGCUGCCACAGAUUUCAUAGAGCCUUCAACAGACCCUUUGCUUACACAGUCUCAUUCUGCUUCAGAAACUGCUUCCAAAGCCAUUGGAAGUAGCCACCAGCCAAUUAACAUCUCAGCUACAGAGAAAAGGACUUCCAAUUUGUAUACCACCAGUACAGACAUUUCAACAUCAUUCACGAGAGAUGGAGAGAAGACGUUAAGGUCUCUAAUGAACAACAGCACAUUAACUGAUGUAGCAGACAGCUUCACUUCUGACUUAGAAAAUACCAAGUCUUCAGAUUUACCCCAGCCCUCAUCUCCUGUAGCACAGGUUGUAGGAAGUAAUAUCUCAUCAAGUGACUUGACUGAGCCUUCCACAGAGUCUUUGCUUUCACAUUCUUCCAAGAUCCCAAGUUAUUCGUCUUCCACAAAUGAUCUUGCAGCUAUAGUAAGUAGCAACCAACCAAUUAGCAUCUCAGCUACUGAAAAAAGAACUUCUGAUUUACAUACCACCACUACAUAUAUUUCAACAACAUUCAUCAAAGGGGGCGAGAGGACAUUAAGAUCACUAACAAAUGGCAAUGUAUCACCUGAUGCAGCAGAAAGCUCCACUUCUAAUUUAGAUAAUAUGAAGUCUUCUGAUUUAACCCAAGCCUCAACCUCUGUAACACCAGGGCGAGGGAGUAAUAUCUCCUCAACUGACUCUUCAAUAGAGGCUUUGUUUACACAGUCUUCCAAGAGCUCAAGUUAUUCGUCUUCACCAAAUGAUCUUGCAGCUAUUGGAAGUAGCUACCAACCGAUUAACAUCUCAGCUACAGAAACAAGGACUUCUGAUGUGCAUACUUCCAGUUCCUAUAUGUCAAUGACAUUCACCGUAGCUUCAGAGAGGACCUUAACGUCUCUAACAAACAGCAGCACAUCGGCUGAUGCAGCAGAAAGCUCCACUUCUAACUUAGGAAAUAUCAGGUCUUCGGAUUUACCCCAGCCCUCAUCUGCUGUAGCACAGGUUGGAGGAAAUAAUAUCUCAUCUAGUGACUUCACGGAGCCUUCCACGGAGCUUUUGCUUACGCAUUCUUCCAAGAUCCAAGUUAUUCGUCUUCCCCAAAUGAUCUUGCAGCUAUUGGAAGUAGCUACCAACCGAUUAACAUCUCAGCUACAGAAACAAGGACUUCUGAUGUGCAUACUUCCAGUUCCUAUAUUUCAAUGACAUUCACCGUAGCUUCAGAGAGGACCUUAACGUCUCUAACAAACAGCAGCACAUUGGCUGAUGCAGCAGAAAGCUCCACUUCUAACUUAG